AUGUCGAUCCUCGUAGUCAUGCAGUUUUUCAUGGUUGCCUCCCUUUGCCUCCCGUGUUCGGCCAACACCAUGCAUGCAGCCACCUUGUCCGCUGCUGAAAUUUCCACAACAAGCGCCACUGACCACCAAGCGCUCAUGUCAUUGAGAUCUAUGAUCAAAGAAGAUCCGUUCCAAGCACUGAAUUCAUGGGAAAACCAGUCAAUCCCUAUGUGCCAAUGGCGCGGAGUGGCCUGUGGCACGCGCGGCCACCCCCGUGGCCGUGUCGUAGCACUGGAUCUUCAUGGGCUCAACCUUCUUGGCACCAUUUCCUCUUCCAUAGGUAAUCUAACUUACCUCAGGCAUUUUGGCCUCCAAGAGAACCGCUUUUAUGGUACCAUACCAACAGAGGUUGGGCAUCUUGUACAACUCAAGUAUCUGAACGUCAGCAGGAACUCCAUCGGCAGGGAGAUCCCGCCGACACUGGCCACUUGUGUUCAGCUUCGAGUUAUUGAUUUGAGGCACAACAUGCAUAAAGGCUCAGUGCCUCAGGAGUUGGCAUCCCUGGAUAAUCUUGAGGUACUGGCUCUUGGGUACAACAACCUUACAGGAAGUAUUCCUGUGGAAAUUGGAAACCUGAAAGCCCUGAAGUAUCUUCAUCUGAGAGCAAACCUGCUAGUAGGAGAAAUACCAGUGGAGGUUGGAAAUCUUAGAAACUUGACCGAUUUAUAUCUUAAUUUCAAUGGUCUGUCAGGUUCUGUUCCUGCAUCUCUUGGAGGCCUCCAGAAAUUGCAGAUUCUGUAUCUAUCGGGAAACCAGCUCUCAGGGCUGAUUCCACCUUCCCUAGGAAACCUCUCAUCUCUACUAGUUCUAGAUGUCCAAAAAAAUGGCCUAACUGGAAGCAUCCCUGAAUCGUUAGGAAAUCUGAAUCUCCUCAACGUCCUUUCUCUCACAUCUAAUAGUUUUACAGGCUCAAUCCCUCACACUCUUGGAAAACUAAGUUCUCUCGUUGAGUUUUAUCUGAAUGGGAAUCAACUCGAGGGUUCUAUACCACCUUCUGUCUAUAAUCUUUCAUCCCUCCAAUAUUUUGUCGUGGAAGUCAACAACCUCAGUGGAUCUGUUUCAGAUGACUUGGGUAAUAAGUUUCCACAACUCAAGCAACUUAGCAUAGGCCAUAAUCAAUUUCAUGGGUCCAUCCCAGAGUCUUUGUGCAAUGCUUCAAUGCUUGAAAUCGUUCAAUUGGGUCACACCUUUCUUUCCGGCGUAAUACCAAAAUGUCUUGGAGCUAUGAAGAGCUUAUUGGUAUUGUUUCUCCAAUCUGGUCAGCUAGAGGCAAGGAAUGACGCUGAUUGGGACUUCAUUUCUAGCCUGACAAAUUGUAGUAUGCUGCAGUACCUAGAUCUAGGCAAUAACAAACUAGAAGGGGUGCUACCAAAUUCAAUAGCAAAUCUUUCCACAAACUUAAUAAUUCUCGGCUUGGCAAACAACAUGCUACAGGGAAAUAUACCUGAAGGAAUUGGAAACCUUGUCAACUUGCAAUACUUGCACUUGGAAGAUAAUUUGCUACAUGGAAAAAUUCCUGAGUCGAUUGGCAACCUUGCAAUCCUGGGUGAACUAUACUUGUCAAACAACAGUUUAUCUGGACCAAUUCCACCAAAACUUGGAAAUCUCACAGCAUUAAACAGACUCGUCCUCGCCCAAAAUGUGCUUACUGGCCCCAUACCAUCCAGCCUUAGAAGCUGUCCAUUGGAGACACUAAGCCUACAAUUCAAUAAGCUUGUUGGUCCUAUACCAAAAGAGAUUUUCCUCAUAUCCUGGGUGAACUAUACUAGUUAA